UUUUAACACGUGCUAAAAAUACAUCCCGCUGUCGGAGUCUCACACUUCUCUCAGUUUCGCUCGACGUAUUUUGUUCAGAUUUUUAUCAUUUUUCGGGAGGAAGGUGGUGAACUUGGUUUUUGGCCAGCAGCAUGCAGAACCCUAACGAGGACACGGAAUGGAACGACGUUUUGCGAGCCAAGGGGAUAAUCCCACAAAAACCGAUCGAGAAGGAAAUGACGGAGGACGAAAUUGUGCAAAUGUUGGAAGGCACGAUUCAAGAAAAAACGGGAGGUAGUGUUAACCUCGAAAAGUUAUCCCUUGGCGAGUUGGACGAACUAGAAGACGAUGAGGAGGAACGAGUCUUGGCUGAAUACAAGGCGAAAAGGUUGCGAGAAUUGAAGUCGGAGUUGGUCAGGUCUAAAUUUGGGACCGUGCUGGAAAUUUCUGCUCAGGAUUACACUGCCGAGGUCAACAAAGCAGGGGAGGGGGUAUGGGUCAUCCUCCACUUGUAUAAACAAGGGAUACCAUUAUGUGCUUUAAUCAAUCAACACUUGACUCAGCUAGCAGCUAAGUUCCCCACGACAAAAUUUAUCAAGAGUAUUUCUACCGUUUGUAUCCCAAACUACCCGGAUAAAAACGUACCCACCAUUUUCGUCUAUUUUGAAGGGAACAUGAAGCAACAAUUUAUUGGACCAAUUCCUCUCAGAGGAAUGAACUUGACAAUAGACGAACUCGAGUUCCUUCUGGGGAAAGCUGGCGCAGUGCCAACAUCCAUCAAGAAAGACCCCAGACCUAAGGUUGAGGACAAAAUGAUGGCAAGUUUAGGGGUUCGCAACAGGACUAAGGAUUCAGACACGGAAGAGGAAGAUUAACCAUUACCUUUUUGUAAUGUCACAAACUUGACAAUACUUUUUUGUCUUUUCAUUGUUCCCAAUUAUUUAGUCAGUAAUUCUAACUUUGCAUUAUGACAAAAACUUUAUUGUACUAUUAUUUGACGCUGUUGAAACUAAACACAUCAAGAUUUAUAUUAUAAAUCACACUUUCUGUUAUUCUCCCCAAAGAUUAUGACCUCGGGUUUACGACGCACCUACUAAUUGCGUUAAGAUAUUUAACCCUGAAUUUAAUAUUAAAUUCUACAGCCCCAUUUGCAUACAUGCGAAAUUUGUAACGCAUUAUUAUAUUAUUAAUUGUUGUUUGUGCCUUUGUGAUGCAAUUAAAAUUUUUAUGAGCAA